UCCGAGGAUUCGUUUCCCCUUCCACCAUCACCUUGAUCGUCCAGUUAUCUUUUACUCGGACAGUCAUUCUUAUUGUUUAGCAGGGCGUCGAAGCGAGAGUAUUCACGCAUUUGCUAAAUCGAAGCUACCCGAUAUUCGUUCCUGAGAAUUAUUCGAGUUUCAGAAUCAAGAUUGAAUUGAAAGACUAAAAAUGAUGUACAUCUUUGGUGUCCUGUGCACGCUUCUCGUGGCAACCUCCGCGGAGUAUUGCUACAACGAUGUCAAAGAUGCUUGCAGUUCUACACCGAUGACCACAGAUGGUCCACUUAUGGCGACUUGUAACGCGAAGUACGGUUCGUUCGAAGCCUUGCAAGCGGAGCUCCAGGCUUACGCUAACGCUCAGGUCGAAACGAGCUUUGAGUUUCUCCUGAUGUCGACCCACUUCGGCAACUACGAGGCUAAUCGCGAAGGAUUCAAGCGUUUGUACCGAAAACUUUCCGAUCAAGCGUGGGAAGACGCGAUCGACGUUAUCAAGUACAUAACUAAACGCGGUGGCAAAAUGAACUUCAACCAACCCCCACGUUCCAAGAAAAACGUCAAUCCAAAAGGCAAGGUUUUGCAGCUCAACGAACUCAACAGCUUGGCCAAGGCAUUGGACACGGAGAAACAGCUCGCGGACGAAGCUCUUCGUCUCCACGCUCAAGCUCAGCACCACACGAAACAAGAUUCGUCGGUUGCUCACUAUCUGGAAGAGAAAUUCUUCGAGCCCCAAGCUGAGUGCAUCAGGAAUUUGGCUGGACACACCAACGACCUCAAGAAUCUUCUGGUCGAUCGUGAUGCUUCCGUUUCCAUCUUCCUCUUCGAUGAAUACCUCAAAAAAAUUCUUUAAAUUCACUGCUUCGUUUCCCCAAUUAUAUCCAGCAGCGACAGUGAACUUUAUUGUGUAUAACAUCGCAUUAUACAUGUUGUAAAAAAAGCAUAUGAAGAAAUAUUAUAUUUUCCACUUGGAUUAUUUUUGUGGCGUUACACGCCCAUUGAGAAUUAUUACGUUUUAAUUGUAGAGUCAUUGAACUUGAAAUAUAGCCUUAAUUACUCCUAA